ACGCGACGCGUAGCGGAAGUCCCUCCAGCCGCGGUGUUGUGCUGUGGGGAAGAGAGACGGAUUUGUAAACCCCGGAGCGAGGUUCUGCCUACCCGAGGCCGCUGCUGUGCGGAGACCCUGGGUGAAGCCACCGUCACCAUGUCUGACCAGGAGGCAAAACCUUCAACUGAAGACUUGGGGGAUAAGAAGGAAGGAGAAUACAUUAAACUCAAAGUCAUUGGACAGGAUAGCAGUGAGAUUCACUUCAAAGUGAAAAUGACAACACAUCUCAAGAAACUCAAAGAAUCAUACUGUCAAAGACAGCUGGGAAUGGAGGAAGAAGAUGUGAUUGAAGUUUAUCAGGAACAAACAGGGGGUCAUUCAACGAUUUAGAUAUUCUUUUUAUUUUUUUUCUUUACCCUCAAUCCUUUUUUAUUUUUAAAAAUAGUUCUUUUGUAAUGUGGUGUUCAAAACGGAAAUGAAAACUGGCACCCCAUCUCUUUAAAACAUCUGGUAAUUUGAAUUCUAGUGCCCAUUAUUCAUUAUCACUUGUUUUCAUUGUGCUGAUUUUUGGUGAUCAAACCUCAGCCCCCUUCAUGUCACCCUCUCCUUUUUAAAAAAAUUACAUGUGUGCACAGAGAGGCCACCACCUUUUCCAGGACUGUGCAUUUUCAGGCUUGUGAUAAAUAAGAUCGACCAAUGCGAGUGUUCAUAAUGACUUUCCAUUUGGCCCUGAAGUUCUAGUAUGUGAUUGCUUCACUCCUGGACUAUGACUUUCAGUGGGAGAUGGAAGUUUUUCAGAGAACUGAACUGUGGAAAAAUGACUUUUCCUUAACUUGAAGCUUCUUUUAAAAUUUGAGGGUCUGGACCAAAAGAAGAGAAAUAGCAGGCUGGAGUCGAGAUGACAGAGAUCGUGAGAGUAAUGACUAACUCCAAAGAUGGCUUCACUGAAGAGAAUGCAUUUUAAGAUAAAAGAAAAGUCUUGUCAGAAGAUCCCAGAAAAGUUCUAAUUUUCAUUAGCAGUUAAUAAAGUUAUUCAUGCAGAAGUGUAUUCAACAGAACACUGCUCUUUUUGAUUUUAUUUGUACUUUUUGGCCUGGGAUAUGGGUUUUAAAUGGACAUUGUCUGUACCAGCUUCAUUAAAAUAAACAAAAUAUUUGUAAAAACCGUA